AAUCAAUAAAAAAGGCCCUCAGCUUGAGAUAUUCUCCACGAGUCAACAUUUAACGUGCUAGAUGUUGUCACGGGGGAACAGAUAUAUCACGUCAUGUGCUUCCAUCCUCGAGCGGAUCUGAAUUUCUCCCAAGUCUAGAUACUUGGAGCAAACCGAUAUCUCAAAGCUCCCCGCAGCACAAUGUCCCGGCAAGGCCCAAGUAACGGGUCCUGGGUGGCCUCAAAUGCCUACAGAAGGGAGUCCAUGAGAAGCAGUAUUAGCAUCGCAUCCGAGGUGGAAAUGGCGCAUGACGAGGUAUUCUCCGGACCUAUGUCCGAGAGUGUACCAUCGAGUAUUGCGUCCUUUGCUCAUCGACGCCCGCGCCAUGACUCAACGGUGAGUUUCACAUACCUUACCGAAGACGAAGAAGACGUAGGACAAGACGUCGAGGAAGCGGUGAUACAUGAAAGUGAUCUGGAGGACGGGAUUCUGUUCAAUGACCGCGAUGGCAUGGAGUCCGUGGUUUCUUUCGGAAAGCGCCACCGGCGAUCUACUGAAUCUCACGCGUCUGUCGAACAUCCGCUUCUCGAUAGACACGAAUCAGCGCAGUCGCUUUUGAACCGAAAAAAGGUCUCUAGUCGCAUCAGCCAGAAGAUUUACAUUGCCACGGAAGACUUGACGGCGGUGAUCACAGGAUUCUGUACCAACACUUACGGCUUCGCACUAUACAUCUUUCUAUGCGUGAUGUCUUUGGGUUUGGGGUACCUAGUCCUUCGUUGGAUACCGAAAUGGCGCCUACGGUUAAUAGGAACUCCUGCACCACUCAAGAAUUGUCGAUGGGUUGCGACUGAGGAUCAAUACGGACAAUUCAAUAUUCACGAGAUAUCCAAACAAGCAUAUGGGUCUCCUCUUUCUACUGUCAUUGAUGUAGCAUCACUCGGGAUCCGCUUGGAUAACGACGAAGAUAAUGAUCCAAUCUUGACACAUCUUAGGCUAUUAGAGUACAGGUAUCUACGAUUCGUGUACAACCCGGUGGAUGAUACGUUCCAAUCCGUCAGUGGCUGGAAAGAUCCUUCAUGGACCAGCACCAAACUCAUGCGGUCAGGUUUGGAUGCCGACGAGAGAGACAAUAGGGAACUUGUCUUUGGCCAGAAUCUGAUCGACGUGCAACAAAAGUCCACUUCUCAACUUCUUGUGGACGAGGUGCUUCAUCCUUUCUAUAUCUUCCAGAUUGCGAGCUUGACCUUGUGGUCCAUGGAUCAAUAUUACUACUAUGCUGUCUGCAUUUUUCUCAUCUCCAUAUUCAGUAUUACUGCAACCAUAAUUGAAACGCGCUCGACAAUGGUACGCCUCAAAGAGGUUUCCCAUUUCGAAUGCAAUGUGCGAGUUUUACGAAACGGAUUUUGGCGAACUGUUUCAUCUGUAGAUUUGGUUCCCGGUGAUGUGUUCGAAGUUUCAGAUCCAUCCCUUAGCCAAGUGCCGUGUGAUUGCUUGCUGUUGUCUGGUGACUGCAUAAUCAACGAGAGCAUGCUUACAGGUGAAUCCGUUCCUGUAUCCAAGUUACCCGUUAUAGAGGAUGUUCUCGAUUAUCUUGACUUGAAAGCCCCCUCGAUUCACCCAGCAGUGGCUAAAAGUUUCCUUUUCUACGGCACAAAAAUUAUUCGAGCGAGACGGCCUCGUCAAGCUGACGAUGAUGUGGAAGCCGUUGCUCUCGGUAUUGCAUUACGCACCGGGUUCUCUACAACAAAAGGCUCCCUUGUUCGUUCAAUGCUUUUCCCCAAACCUUCUGGAUUCAAGUUCUAUCGAGACUCGUUCCGGUAUAUCUCUGUGAUGGGCGUAAUUGCAAUGUUAGGGUUUACGGCGUCCUUUGUGAACUUUGUUAGACUCGGGCUCCCUUGGCACACUGUUGUGGUCAGGGCUCUGGAUCUCAUCACGAUCGUCGUACCCCCGGCUCUUCCCGCAACUUUGACUAUUGGAACGAAUUUUGCUCUGUCGAGGUUGAAAAAGCAGCAAAUAUACUGUAUCAGCCCUCAAAGGGUAAAUGUCGGGGGUAAGCUAGACGUUGUCUGUUUUGACAAAACAGGUACAUUAACCGAGGAUGGACUGGAUGUGCUUGGUAUCCGGGCUGUUAAUCAAGACAGGAGUUUCAGUGACAUGUUCUCCGACCCGAACGAUAUGGUAUCGGCGUCCCGUUCUCAGGGAGGCUCCAAUAUGGAUUAUGACAAAUGCCGAGACAUCAUCUGUACAAUGGCUACUUGUCAUUCUCUUCGAGUGGUUGAUGAAGAGCUUCUCGGUGAUCCGUUAGACAUCAAGAUGUUUGAGUUCACAGGGUGGACAUUUGAAGAAGGUGGAAAUACCCAGAUUGAGCAGCAAGUAAAUGGCAACGGUGAUACUAUCAUACCGUCAGUGGCAAGACCGCCAACUGGAAGUGCGGACUUUCAAAAGGAUCAGAUCCCUCUAGAACUUGGCGUUCUACGCUCAUUCGAGUUCGUCUCACAGCUUCGACGUACUAGCGUGAUUGUACGUCAGUUCGGUGAAAAUGGUGCCAGUGUUUUUGUCAAAGGUGCGCCUGAGUGUAUGAAGGAGAUCUGCCAUGCCGAUACUCUACCGCCUGAUUUCGAUGAUCUGUUGAGUCAUUAUACCCACGGGGGAUACCGUGUCAUUGCUUGUGCGGCAAAGUACAAUCCCAACUUAAGCUGGAGGAAGAUUCAGAAAAUUUCCAGAGAGCAGGCAGAAUCCGGAUUGAACUUUCUCGGUUUCAUCGUCUUUGAAAACAAGUUGAAGGAUACAACUACCCCCGUAAUUACCGAGUUGAGGGAAGCUGGAAUACGUACUGUUAUGUGCACGGGAGAUAAUAUUCUCACUGCCAUUAGUGUUGCACGGGAAUGUGGCCUCAUAGAUCGAGACUCGCCGUGCUUCGUUCCUCAUCUUGAUAGCGCUCAUCAUCUUGACCCAAAUGCUUCAUUGACAUGGGAAAGUGUCGACGACCCAGCUGCAAAGCUUGAUGAGAAGACUCUUAUGCCUGUGUGGGACCCCGCAACACAUGAUGUCUCCAUACCUCUAAACAAGCUUAAUGCAAAUUCGUAUUCGUUAGCAGUUAGUGGAGACAUUUUCCGCUGGCUCAUCGAAUACGGUACUGAAGACCUGCUGAAAAGGGUCUUGGUCAAGGGUCAAGUCUUUGCUCGAAUGUCCCCUGAUGAAAAACAUGAGCUUGUUGAGAAGCUUCAAUCCUUAAAUUACUGCUGCGGAUUCUGCGGCGACGGUGCUAAUGACUGCGGCGCGCUCAAAGCAGCGGAUGUCGGUAUAUCAUUAUCAGAUGCUGAAGCUUCAGUUGCUGCCCCUUUUACGAGCCGCAUAUUCGACAUUUCCUGCGUCCCGAGAUUGAUAAAGGAGGGCCGUGCUGCAUUGGUCACAAGCUUUUGCUGCUUCAAAUAUAUGAGUCUCUAUUCCGCUAUUCAGUUUACGUCGGUUAGCUUUUUGUAUACGUCCGCCUCUAAUUUGGGGGACUUUCAGUACCUGUAUAUUGACUUGGCCCUUAUCUUACCAAUCGCCAUAUUUAUGGGAUGGAACGAUCCGUUCCCAAUAUUAUCUCGGAAACGGCCAACGGCCGAUCUCGUCUCGCGAAAGGUCUUGACACCUUUGAUCGGUCAGAUCGUACUAGCGGUGCUGACACAGUUGGUGGUCGUUGAAACUGUUAGGACCAGACCUUGGUACAUCCCUCCGAAGGUCGAUGUCGAUGAUACCAACGUCGAAAACUCGGAAAACACGUCGCUAUUCCUUAUUUCAUGUUACCAGUAUAUACUAUCCAGUGUCGUCCUGAGCGUAGGACCACCAUUUAGACAACAAAUUUACAAGAACACUCCCUUCCUGGUAACGCUGUUUUUGACACUGGCACUUUCAACCUAUAUGUUAAGCGAGACUUCACAAAUCGUCAUGCGUGUAAUGCAAUUGACGCCGAUUCCUUGGAACUUUGAGUUGUUCCUUGUGAUACUCGCAAUAUGCAGUUUCGCUGCGUCGUGGGUUGCGGAGAACUACGUUUUCCCUUCUUUGGCUCGGAUUAUAGGUCGUACGAUCUCUCUAAUCCGGCCAAAGCAAGAGAAAAACCGCCGUCAAUAUAAAGUCCUGUUGGAACGUAUGAGAUCGUGA